UAUCGCCUCGCGGUGAAUCAUCUCCUCUCUGCUUUUCAACAUUUGGUGCUUCGUGCUGUCACACGCGCGUCCGUACACGCAGCAGCGCGCGCGCAAACAACAGACCUGCCUUUGCGGAAGUCAGCGGAGGAGUCGAGGCGGCGCUACAUCCAAAUUAGCAUACGAACUAGUUAUCGGUGGAUGGACGCGGACUGGGGGCUCUCGCAACAAACGCCACCUCUGAAGUGAACGCUGCGCUCAUUUUGUCAUCGCUCUCCUGUCGUCUGCCUGCAGAGGAGAUGGGGGACAAGGCGGGCACCAGAGUUUUUAAGAAGUCAAGUCCGAACUGUAAGGUGACGGUUUACCUGGGAAAGAGAGACUUUGUGGACCACCUGGAUCACGUUGAUCCUGUUGAUGGUGUGAUCCUGGUUGACCCGGAGUACCUGAAAGACCGCAAAGUCUUUGUCACACUAACAUGCGCAUUUCGUUAUGGCCGAGAGGAUCUGGAUGUUCUUGGUCUGUCAUUCCGGAAGGAUCUCUACAUCUCCACCUUCCAAGCUUUCCCUCCGGUACCAGAGGAGCGUAAAGCCAACAGUCGUUUGCAGGAGCGACUCCUGAAGAAACUGGGUCAACAUGCCCAUCCCUUCUACUUCACUAUUCCCCAGAACCUUCCCUGUUCAGUCACUUUACAGCCAGGACCGGAAGAUACUGGCAAGGCCUGUGGUGUUGACUUUGAGAUCCGAGCGUUUUGCGCCAAGUCGAUAGAGGAGAAGAUCCAUAAGAGGAACUCAGUACGACUGGUGAUCCGGAAGGUUCAGUACGCGCCAGAGAAGCCCGGCCCUCAGCCCAUGGUGGAAACCACUCGCAGCUUCCUGAUGUCGGACAGAUCGCUACACUUGGAGGCCUCGCUGGACAAAGAGCUGUAUUAUCACGGCGAGCCCAUCAGUGUCAACGUUCACGUCACCAACAACUCCACUAAGACGGUGAAGCGAGUUAAGAUCUCGGUGCGUCAGUACGCUGACAUCUGUCUGUUCAGCACUGCCCAGUACAAGUGUCCCGUGGCCCAGCUGGAAGCCGAUGACCAGGUGUCGUCCAGUUCCACCUUCUGUAAAGUUUACACUCUCACCCCCACACUGGACAAGAACCGGGAGAAGAGAGGCCUGGCCCUGGACGGCAAGCUGAAGCACGAGGACACCAACCUGGCGUCAUCCACCAUUGUGAAGGACGUUACAAACAAAGAGGUUUUGGGAAUUCUGGUCUCGUACCGGGUGAAAGUGAAGCUGGUGGUCUCGCGUGGCGGAGACGUGUCGGUGGAGCUUCCGUUCAUCUUGAUGCAUCCGAAGCCUGCUGAGCCGCCAGCGUCGCGCCCUCAGUCAGCUGUACCUGAGUCGGACCCGCCCAUCGACACCAACUUGAUAGAGUUCGACACAAAUGUCUCCCAAGACGACGACUUUGUCUUUGAGGACUUCGCCCGUCUGCGACUGAAAGGUGUGGUGGACGACAAGGAUGAGGACUGCUAGGAGCUGUCACUGCUUCACACAUGCACACACAAACACACACACACAAUCAUACGUUACAUUCCCCAGCGGCUGGACGAUACAGGUCUUCUUCCUUUCUCUUCGUCCGUUUCUUGCUUUGGAGGUUGGGGGGGGUGAAAAAAAAACUGAUGUAGGCGGAGCUUUGUCUGCAGCAUUUUGUGACACAGCCAUCUACUAAAAUGGAAACAUUUGUAGGGAGCUCGUCCGUACUUUUAUUUUGAAAUUCAGUUGAAUGUCGGCCGUCCCACAGCGACUUGUACAAACAGAAUAUAUAUUUGAAACAUAGAAAAGACUCUUGUCGAGCCGCCUAGGUUGUUCAGUGAUCGUCGUCUUUCUACACGCACGCACGCACACAAACACACAGGAAUCUACUUCACCAGCAUUCUCGCUCUCUCACACUGAUUGGUCGGUUUUGUCUCACAGGAAUUCUUAACCGUCACUUAAAGUAAAGCCUUUAAAGUAGUUCACACUUGAGAGUUUUUAAUUCAUUGCAUGAAUUCACUUUGUCCAAAUGAAAUGGGAACGUUUCUCCGGGCUCUUCUUGUUGCCCUCAUUCUGAGUUGGGAGCUGUCGGCGUGGUGCUCCUUCAUAUCUAAAAUCCAGCGACGCACUUUUGAGUCAUUCGCUUUUUUUAAAUCCAACAUUUUUUUGUGCCUUUUUCCCCAAACUGUUGUUGCCAAUGAUUCUAUGCCUCUGACCGGAAUAAAGUCAAAUUUUAACAGUAAUAACAACCAGUGCUUAUGCAGUUAUCAGCUGAAUAAUUUGACUCAAAGUUGAAAUUGUGUGUCUCUUUUUUUGCAUGAACUCCCCUCUAUAUUUAUCAUCAAAGGUUUCAUUGUUUUAUUGCCUUAAUUCUGUUUUCAUGAGUACAAGCACAUUUUCCCACUCAUGUGACGUUAUUUUGUAUCUUAACAACUAAAUAAAUGAAGUAAAUCGAGCCAAAUUUAUUGCCAAAAGCUGAAUGAGACAAAGUGGACCAAUCAGCACGAGAGUCUCCUGACCAUCAAGCUCUCGCUUUAUCAAACACAGAUGCAUUAUGGGGGGUGUAGUUGACUGGGACUUUAAAAUAAAAAAUAAAAAAAAGUUAAUUCGUCUGUAAAAAUAUAUUUGUGUUUAUCCUUUGGAUAUUUCUGACCCGACGGUCAGAAUUCAGGAAGACGAAUGUUGAAUUUCUUUGACGCUUGACAACUUAUUUUUUUGUAAAGUUUUGUUUUUAGUCGCUUCAGACAAACCGCCAAACUGUUAGGUCUGAACAUGGGCUCAUGGCGGGCGCCAUGAGGGGAAGAAAAGGCGAGCGCGCAUGCUUCUCUGGUUUGGCGAGCAGUGCUGUGAAUCGUACGAGCUGUGACUCUUGUCUUUACGUUGUCGUGCAUCUGUGGGGUAACUUUGCUACGUGUGAAAAUAUUUUUGAUGAAGUGCCACGCCCCGGCCUGUCGAUGCUAUGUUGUCUAUAAACAGGAAGUGAAAUUA